UUAAAAAUACAAAACAGUAGAACAUAAUGAAAGUCCUAGCUUUAGUUUUAUUUGUACAAAUCACAUUCUGCUUGCUCAGUUCAGUGCUGGCCGGGCGAGAUUUCUAUAAAAUCCUGAAUGUACGCAAAUCGGCGACAACAAAUGAAAUAAAGAAAGCCUAUCGAAAACUUGCCAAAGAACUGCAUCCGGAUAAGAACAAAGACGAUCCGGAAGCAUCGACAAAAUUCCAAGAUUUGGGAGCGGCCUAUGAAGUGCUCUCCGAUCCGGAUAAACGUAAGAAAUAUGAUCGAUGUGGCGAAGAGUGCCUGAAGAAAGAUGGUAUGAUGGAUCAUGGUGGUGAUCCAUUUGCCAGUUUCUUUGGUGAUUUCGGUUUCAAUUUUGGUGGUAACGAUCAUCAUCAUCAUGAUACCCCUAAGGGUGCAAACAUUGUCAUGGAUAUGUAUGUAACCCUCGAGGAAUUAUAUUCAGGAAAUUUUGUUGAAAUUGUACGCAAUAAACCGGUGCUGAAACCAGCAGCCGGUACACGUAAAUGUAAUUGCCGGCAGGAGAUGGUGACACGUAAUUUGGGACCUGGUCGUUUUCAAAUGAUGCAACAAUUGGUUUGUGAUGAAUGUCCAAAUGUUAAACUGGUCAAUGAAGAGAGAACUUUGGAGAUUGAAGUUGAGCCGGGCAUGGUUGAUGGUCAAGAGACACGCUUUGUGGCCGAGGGUGAACCCCAUAUGGAUGGCGAUCCAGGUGAUUUGAUUAUUAAGGUGAAACAAGCGCCACAUGAACGUUUCCAUCGCAAGGGUGAUGAUUUGUAUACCAAUGUAACGAUUAGUUUACAGGAUGCUUUGGUUGGCUUCACCAUGGACAUUUUGCAUUUGGAUGGUCACAAAGUCUCCGUGACACGUGACAAAAUCACUUGGCCUGGUGCACGCAUACGCAAGAAGGGUGAGGGUAUGCCCAACUAUGAGAACAAUAAUCUACAUGGCAAUUUGUAUAUAACCUUCGAUGUUGAAUUCCCAAAGAAAGAUUUAGACGAUAGUGAAAAAGAGGAACUCAAAAAGAUACUGGAACAAGCAUCAAUAAAUCGCGUUUACAAUGGACUGUGAAAACUAA